AUGGAGGGCCCCGAUUUGGGCUCUUCAAAGUAUGCUUGCAAGAGUAUCAGCUCUUUAGGGAAUUACAGUACCAUCUAUACGGGCUUGGUCGUCGAUGACGUGCUAGAUUCGUCUAUUUUGAAAGGGAAACUUACCGAGCUGGUUGGAUUAUGGCCAAUACUUGGCGGUGGUUUGAUCAAAGAUACAAAACCAUGGUCCUUCACCUGUGGCUCUACGGUCGAUUAUGCCAGCAGGGCUAUUGACCAACCACUGGCUACCCAUCUUCCAAUUUAUCACGAACAGCAUAGAAAAGAGCCGAGCAUCAUGGAAAGCUCUGAACUAUCCGCAGUUGAUGAACAAUUUAUAUUCAAUGUCUCUUCCAAUCCCGUGAAUAGUUUCCGCCUUCGUGUUACUCUCCUACAGGAUGCUACUUUGCUCUGUUUUGGAAUAUCACACCAUAUAUGCGACGGCAAUGAUUGUUGGGAAGUGGUCAAAGCAUUUUGUGACCUAUUGUCUAAUAGGCCAAUUUCUUCAUUUGCUCUUCCGCCUGACACUGGGGGUGUUCGAAUGUCUGAUCUGGUGAAAGUCAAAAAUGAGUGUUCCGAAGCCGAAUCGAUUCUCCACUACCAAAGACAUGCGCAGCAUUAUGACAAUGGAAUAUUCAAUCUGGCAGUGACUGUGUGGCGCGUGCUGCUGACAAUUCUUGCUGUGAAGUUCGGAUUCCUUGCGGAGCUCGCAGCCAAGUUUAUCUAUAUUCCAGGCGCAUGGGUUGACGAACUGCGGGUCAAAUCACAGGCGGAGCUGAAAGACUGCUCUCCUGAUAUUCAACUCACACGAAACGAUGUUAUCGCUGCAUGGUAUCUGAAAUCCGUCUAUUCCCCUCAACCAACAACCAUGUCCGCUGAUCCAGUGGACUACUUUGGGAUUAUCAACCUUCGCCGCUUUAUUGAGCCCCCAAAGUCCGGAACAUACUACAUUCGUUGUAGUAUUGGCGCCUUUCGGUGUUUUUUCUCUGUUCAGCAGCUGAAAGAAGAGUCGGUUGCUGAGAUUGCACGGAAUAUACGUCUCGCAACACUGCAAUAUACAUCCACCGAAUCCGUCCGCCAGGGUCUUCGAUUCUCAGAAGAUCAUGCAUCCAAAUCUCUCACUUUAGCGCUGCGUGGCACUAUGAGCCUAGGGGUUGCUGUGGUAUCUCACUGGACAACAUUCGAUUAUGUUGGCCUUGAUUUCUCCGGCGCCAGCCUUAAUGGAAAAAAAGCGUCAGUCAUAUUUGUCAACCCCAUGGUUGUAAACAACUGGCACCUCACGAUAGCACCUGUGGCUAUCGUCAUGAAGAACGGGUCUGGAGGCUACUGGAUGCGCGCUACGAAUACAUCAACUGGCUGGGAAUGGCAUCCUUCCAUCGUGGACCAAAAGACAUACCAACUGGUCAGCGAAUGCGAUACCCCGGACUGUGAAGCGGCAGAUAACGAUCCACAGGGUUCUCCAACCCCGACCACUGCCGACCAAGAAGAAAUAGAUUACCGGGUUGCUACUUUGCACAUUGGGAGUGGCACUGGCGCUACUCGCCCAUGUUAUUCUCACGGUCAAAUUGGCGCUUCUGGUGGCUAUGGAUGGGGUUCCUCGCACAUGCCACCAGGCAAUCAAAUCGCGACCGGCCUCCAUAUUCUUAUCAACAUCAUUGUGUUGACUUUGGCCACCACAAGCAGCUACGGCAAUCAAGUCCUGGCAGCACCGUCGCGCGCAAGAAUCAAUGUUGCCCACGCUCAACGGGUGUGGGUAUCGAUCGGGUCCUCCAGUUUUACGAACGUCUGGUAUGCGCUCAUGUGGCGCAAGACACUAUGGCUCUUGGUUCUUGGGAUCAUUCGUUAUACCAUACCCAGUUUUACCCAAUGGGUUAUCUGGGAGUUAUUGCUACAGUGUUGGCUGUGA